GAUACACGUGCUGAAGCUAAAAAUGCCGUCGACCGCGCGCGAUUUAACAUGCAUGCAUCAUAACAGUUACGAUCGAUACUGCUCUCUCUAUAUGCUCUAGAUCCGGCACCCGUACCUAGUAUCGUGUAUACCCGUACCUAGUUCACACUCACCUUGCACGUAUACAAAAGUGCAACUUUUUUUUGAUAUGAGUGAUGGCUGGCGAUGCAAGUGAAGGAUCUGUCUUGGAGGCAGAUGAAGCCUUCUUCACCGAGGAGGCUUAUGAGAAUUUUACAAUCCAACCCAAGUUUGAUGCCAACCUGUUCAUAGCCUACAAUCCAUCCAUCAAAGGGUGCACCAUCUCCCCGGUUAAGAAAAGAAAGUUAUCGCAGGUCCCAAACACAUCACAGGUCCCCAACAAUGAGAACAAUCAAGAGAUUGAGGUUUUAUCAGUGCAGCCUGCCAAGGAAGUGUCAUCAUGCAAUGCUCCAAAGCAGGAUGUCAAUCAGAAGACGCCAAAAAUUGUCUGGAAUUUGAAGAGUCCCAAGGCAGGGUUUCCUUAUCCAAGGCAUUCCUGCAUGACCCAUGGCCAGCAACAGCGAUACAUUGAGCUCUCACAGAAGCAUGGACACUGGCGUCCCAACCAGACCAGAUACUCCAUGACCCCUGAGGAUAUCACCGACAAACAACAGCUUAGGAAAUUGCAGAUGUUGGUGCAGCAAGAGCAGCAGGAUUUCAUGAAGUUUGCGGAACACGUUGCCAGGUGCAGUCCCAAAGAUUAUGAACAUCUGCCCCCAGCAGCACUGCAGUAUGCCAUGAAUCAGUGGCAUUUACAGGAACAAUAUGUCAAGCAACUGCCUCAGUAUUUCAGUGUAUGCCAGACUAUUGGCAUCGUGCCAGCUGCCGUCUUUCCCACAGACCCUGUGCUGACAUUCUCGACUCGUCUGCUGCAAUUGGGACAGCCACAGGUCGUGGAGCCGUCAACCCUUGAUGGCAAGCUCAAUCACAAUCUGGUACCAGCGUUCAACAGAUGCAGUCAGCACAAGCAAGCAACAGGCAGGGGAAGCAGCAUCGGAAUGGACACAGGCAAGGACCUUAGCACUGAUGAGAAUGCUGUGAGGUUAGCUGCCAGGUACCAGGCAAACAUUGUCAUAGCAAUGGCUGCCUUGCCAACACUCGCCGAUAACCAUGCCCCUGACUAUGACAAAAGCUGGCGCAUUCCUGUGCAGAUUCGUUCAUCCAACAUGUCAGACACUGACUCAACAUUGAAGACUGUUUUCAUCAGUGAUCCACUGACAAAUCCAUGCUUUCCUCACGAUGUCAGCCGGGCGUUCCACCAAGUGGCACUGCAUGACCUGGUUACGGAAGGUUCACAGGUUCAGAAGUCACCAGACAAUGCGGUCUUGACUGACCAGGAUUUUGGGACAUCCUCGCAAGAUGAUAACCAAUAUGAUGACUAUUUGGAGCAUGAUUUGACAAGUCUGGAGACUUUUGGGUCGCCUCCUAUGAAGUCGCAUCACAGGAAGUUGAAGGACGCUCAAAUGAAGAACAAAACUGAAACAAAGGGUAGCCGUCCAAAUCAUUCUCAACAGUGGGACAUAAAUACUGCAAGUACUGGCUCAGCAAAGCCAACUGAAGGAAACUUGGUUUGCCUACCAAAACAUGAUCCUGAUCAAAGCUUGCCAGAAGUAACAAAUGAGUCUAUUACCUUAUCAGAGCUGACUCCAGAAAUGAAACACAGCUUGGCACCACUAACUGAACAACUGUUUACUGAGGGGAUGGAAGAAUGUUUCAGAAGAGAAAGUGACGAAGAGGAAGUGAAUGCUGCAAAAGAGCAGUUAACUGAUCAAGCAAAGCAAAGUGGCUCACAUGUUGUAACUCAGGGUAACCAGAGAGAAACAUGCCAGAGAUCUCGGUGUGAAAGUCGGGAGCUGGGAUUGGCGAGUGACAGCAGUGAAGCAGAAGGGGAAUUAGUCAUUGCACUGUCCUCAGGCCCAGAUUCCCCACUGAAAACUUCUAGCAACCAAUCAGCUGUGACAAAAGGGAUCACUGAAAUGCAAGAUGUUGGUAAACACAAUACGGAUAGUGAAGAAGAAGAUCCAAGCAUGACUGGUUUAGAAGAUGAUCAGCUUGACACUUCCGUCAAAAACACACCCAGAGCCAAAAGGCAAGAAGUACCUCAGGGUGUAGAACCCAAGGAAGCUCCCACCCCAAGGAGGAGCCGUAGACUCCAGAGGAAUCAGCCCUCAGACAUCAGCUGCAAUGCUGCUCUGCCCCACUCAUCGGAAAAGACACUUGAACUACCUCUACCUGACAUGCAAGUACUUGAAUCAGUCGCUGAAGACACAGUGGGUGGGGGAAAAAGCAAACCUGCCAUCGCUCUUCAAGAGGUCAUGGGAGAGGCUAUACUAGACUCGCCCCUCUCCCCUCCCCCUCAUGAGAAAGGCCUUGCUCCACCCAACCCUUCAACAGAAAAGAGAACACCGACACAAGAGCCUGAAUCACUGCAGCUUAAAAAGCAGAAAAUGACCAGCAGAAGUGUAGUAGAUUCCUCAUCUCCUGAGAGUAAGCAGGCACCUUGCUUGAGAUACAAUCUCAGAUCAAAGUCUGCUGGAUCUGGAAAUCAAGACCACCAUAUGGCUGUUGGAGCAGAAACUCUUAGCAAAGAGCAAAAAGCUAGCGGGAGGUUGUGCUUUGAUCACUAUCUUCCUUCAACCAGGAAAAUGUCACUAACUAAUGAGGUUUGCUCCUCAGAAUUCUCAACUGGUCAAGCAGUGCUUGAUCUUCCUGUCUCGGAAGGGAAUCAAACUGUACUCAGAAAACCAGCAAAAGACACAACCAAAUCCAGCGAACAGGACAGCAGAAACCCCAAGAGAAGUCCUGCACUCAGAAGACCUACCCAGCCUGUGAAGCAAAGCCUGGCUACGUCUGGAGUGGAGUCUACAAUUGAUUCCAUUCUCAAACUCCAGGAGCGGUUACACAGUGGCAAGGUGGUCAACCAGUCUCCUGCCCAGCCGCCAAUCAGUGCUGCCGUUGGAACCAUGAAUGUGCAAGGGGAUGGAUAUAUGGAGAAGGCAUCAGAUUACAGCACACCAUCGGAAGGAAAUGCUGACUACAGCUUGUGGAGGUUUGGCCGACAUUCACUGGUUGUCAGGAGUAAUGUUGAUGCAAUCACUUUGAACCAUGCAGAUGGUUAUCCAAACAAGACUCAAGUUGUGACCAUUGUACCCAAGAUGGAGCACCAAGCCCACUUUGGCCAUGAGCAGAUCAGUGUUAGUGAACUCACUAAGUUGUGGAUGAGUCUGUUGCUACAGCCAGGGUCAAAGGUCAUACAAGGUCGUGUCAAUGCCAUGACCUCUGACCUUAUGAAGCUUGAACAGUUUGACAUGAACAGCGCACUGUGGGAACAGCCAUCCUUUCAACCGUCUUGCUGUAUGAAGAUGAUGUUUCAAAUUCUUGACAAACUUACCACUCUCCCUGAAGGACACUACUUGCUAUGCCACUCUGCUGGUGACAUGCACGCCUGUAUCUUGCAGACAGCGACCUCUGGUAAAAAAAGGUCACUCUUUGAUUUGCAUCAGAGCUACUCCCAAGGACCCAUGAUACAGUCUUGCCCACCUCAGCUGUUACCAUGGUUACCCUUAGACACCAAUAUGAUGCUGCCUGAGCAAAUUGCUACCGGUCGUAUUCCUGCCACUUUCCCGCCCAAAAACACCGGCACAAAUGCUAGAGGUGGUGUUACCAAAGGAGCAUCAAAGAAGAACAAGAAGAAAAAGAAGAAAGCUGGCAAGAAGUAAACUGGGCGUGUCUUUCCCUUCCAAAAGAGAGAGCCUGCUUCUGAAAGUUUGAGAAGUCCCUGUCUCCGAAAAGUCUACAUAUUUUGCUGUCACAAUGCACAAUGGGGACUUGUGUUGCAUCCCGCCGGUGUUCCAAUGAACGUUCCAUACGGAACAAGAACGUUCCGACUUUUGAGACGUUGCCUUAGUUUUUGUUCAAAUGGUGCCAGCAAUUCAGUUUCCAAUUUCAAUUUGGAUGCACUUUUAUUAACACACAUUUGUAACCGGCAGAUUAUGCUAUAUUGUUCUAACAUUUUAUGCCUAAAAGUUUGAGGGCAGUUGCUGUAUGCUUUUAAUGCUCAACACAGUCAAAUGUGUGUAAGGUGAAAACUAAAUAAUUAAGAAAAUAGUCCGUCUGUGAGCUUAUAUCCAUUUCUCAAUAUUUUCAUCAUAUAUUUGAUCUAAACUACUGUGCAUCAUAUCACGUUACAUCACAGUUUUGGAAAUAAAAAUGCAUUGAAUAAAUUAUUUCAUCUUUACUAAAAAAUCGCACAAUUUUAGACUUAUACAUGUACAUGUAAAUGAUUUGAAUACUUUGCAAAAGAAUGUUUUCAUUUGUAUGUUUGACUUUCAGACAUUUAGCAAUAAAAUUUGUACACGCUAAUAUCCACACCACAACAUGUCCAUCGAAGUAUUUCAACUUUUAAGGGUCAAUGAAGUGAAUGUUUCUGACGAGCAUGUUGUUCAACUUUCUACUCCCCUUAACUGUAUGAAAAAUAUUUUGCAACCCUUUUUGGUUAAUUUUAUUGAAGAGUGAACUUCCUUAAACAUGCAAAAUUGUCUAUGCUUUUCCCAAGAAUUGAGGGCUCUGCAGUGUGAUGUCAUUUCAAGAAGACAAUGUUCAGUUAAGGGAUUUUCUGUUCAAAUUGUGAACCAAAAUUUUGCUUAUUGAAUUUUGUUGUGAGAAAAGUUUGCUCACUGGCCCAAUGCCAUUUACUGACACAACAACGAGUCACUAAAGAACAGAAGAUUUACGACAGCAAAAUAUCAAACAUUCUGGCAAUUAGGUGCUGAAAUAGCUGUAACACUGAGAUUUCUGCCUGAAAUGACAUUACAUCUUUUGUUAAUGAAUGUGGAAAUUUACGUCAGCAUAAAAAUAAAAAAGUCACCAAAAUACC